UCAAGCUAAUAAAUUAACAAAUGUAAAAAUACUCUCCCUGACGCGUUUACCAAGACCCUCGUUUCUCGACGUCGGUGGAGCGGGAGCUCGCCGGCGUCGCAUCCGUUCCGUCUUCUUCAUGGUUUCUCUUGCUCCAAGUCAAAGCUCUCGUUCUGCUUCUUGUUUCGCCUUUACUCAAUCAUUUGUUCUGGAUCUGGGGAUAUCAAAACUGGAGAAGACCUUCAUGGUCUCUGCUUGGCUUUUGAAGACCACCGGACCUGCAUUCUCCACCGGGGACUCCCGAAAACUCGGUAAAAAGACCACCUCUCCCCACCUCGACACACACAAAGGAUGGCUCUCUCUCUGCAACAGAUCUGCAACUUGCUCCGUUUGCGCAAAUGGCACCUCGAUUCAACUCUUUCCCUUCUCUGAGUUCAACUUUCAGCUGCGCUCCAGAUCUGAGAGGACCUCCAUGGGGUGCUUCGGAACUGAGCUACUCUCAGAUAAAGCUCAAAGCUCAGAGAUAAAGAACACCUCAAGCUGCAGCAGUUCAUCACCUUCACGUUACAAACGGGACUCCGUAUUUCUCCGGAGUGGCUACUCAAUCCAUAACCUUCCGAUCUUACUGGUCCCCUCUCCUCCAUCUUGCGCCACCGCCCUUCAUCCCAGAGGCGAGGUGUGCCCUAACCCCACCGCACGCACGCUGCUUUUCGAGCUCAGAUCCGACGAGCGUGAUGCUGACAUCAGCCCUUCCAUUUCCUUUAUAUGGGCCAGGCCCAUACAAUUUUCAAAAGGGUAACUAAGAAGAAAAUGGCAAGAAGAGAAGACGAUAUGGAGAAAGUGAAAGACAAAUCUGAGCCGUUGCUGCUUCCGGAGAAUGGAUCCGACGUCUCAGAAGAAGAAGGAGCGUCGUGGAUGGUUUGUCUAAGCACAUUCAUUGCCGUUUGUGGUUCCUACGAGUUUGGAACCUGCGUGGGGUAUUCCGCUCCGACCCAGUUCGGGAUAAUGGAAGAACUUAAUU